CUGCGACUAAAAAAGAAGCAAAGUCUAAAAAAAUCAAAAAAUAGAUCAAACACCACAAAAAAUCUUACGAUAUCAAGAGCGGCAAAGAACCUUAAAUAUGUAUCCCUGAUUGUUCUUAUUGCUCAAACCACGGCUCUUGUGCUGAUACUGCGGUAUUCAAGGACUCAGAAACAUGAAGGUCCACGUUACCUUUCGUCAACAGCGGUUGUUAUGGCUGAGAUUGUCAAAUUGGUGACAUGCAUUCUUGUGCUCUUUUACAACCAUGGUUGGCGCUGGACCUCCUUUCUAGGUGAAAUUAACGCUGAAGUAAUUCAAAAACGGCGCGAAACAUUGAAGGUUGCAGUCCCAGCAGUUUUGUAUGUUAUUCAGAACAACCUUCUUUUCCUCGCCCUUUCGAAGCUGGAUGCUGCGACAUAUCAGGUAACCUAUCAGUUGAAGAUCCUUACUACUGCAUUUUUCUCUGUCACCAUGCUCGGACGCUCACUUAAUCGCUUGAAGUGGCUCGCUCUCAUCCUACUUACUGGUGGAGUUGCCCUUGUACAGAUGCCAGCAGGUGGUGCAGCUAAAAGUGCUGAAAGUGGGAACACCUCAGACAGUAUUGUUGGACUACUGGCUGUUUUAGCAGCUUGCUUUUCUAGUGGCUUUGCUGGUGUUUAUUUCGAAAAGAUAUUGAAAACUACAAAUGUUUCUCUGUGGAUGCGUAAUCUUCAACUAGCGUUCUUCUCCAUAUUUGGUGGUUUUCUGAUGUGUUGGCUUUAUGAUUUUGAAGCAAUACAAAAAGAUGGUUUCCUUCAAGGAUAUAAUACAAUUAUUUGGAUUGUUGUUAUGCUUCAGGCCUAUGGUGGAUUGGUGAUCGCGCUGGUGGUAAAAUAUGCCGAUAAUAUCCUUAAAGGCUUCGCUGUAUCGCUCUCGAUUAUUCUAUCGUCAUUUGCGUCGUGGUUCUUAUUGGGUGACUUCACGCCUUCGUUAAUGUUUGCCGCUGGUGCCACAAUCGUAAUCGUGUCAACGUUCAUGUAUGGGUAUGAAUCGAAAACUGUCAAGCCGCCUCACACAGCGUAA